CGCGCGCGUGUGUGUGUGUGUGUGUGUGUCUGUGUGUGUGUGUGUGUGUGUGUGUGUGGAAGAGUGGGGGAAGAGAAAAAAAGAAAAAGAGAGAAACGCUGAAAGAAAGGGAGCUGUGCUGCAGUUUGGUUUAGAUCUGAGUGGAGAAGCAGGAGCGCGACUCGGCCCCGGACUGAUCCUCUCCGCGUCGCUUCCAGCCCCGCGUGGAUAUUUGUGGUUGGGCUCGUUCGCUCGCAGAAGUGCACAGACGCCUCGCGGGGACGACGAGGAGCCCGACCCGCGGUGCGUGUCCCCGGGAUUGACCCUCGGCGCAGCGGCUCACGCUCGGCGCGCCGGUGCAGAGAGUGGACCCGCGCUCGUGAAAGGUCCCGGACCGGGUGUCGAGGUGCAGGCGGCCGCUUCUGGAUUAUGAGUCCGGGCGUACUGUGUUACCGUAGCGUGUAUUCUGCUUGUUUGUGUUCCCUCGCGACGGACGUGUAAACGUGCCUGGAUUAUUAAUCCCGCUGCGAGUCGCUCGGUCGUUCCGGUGUGAUCGGCUCAAUGAAUGCAUCCUGACCGGCCUGCUGCAGUGCGUUGGCCGUGCGCUUCCGUUGCCGUGGCCGCGAGACGAGCAGCCCCGAGUCUCAUGUUGCGGCUCUGCCUCCAGGGCUCGUCGGUCGGCUGCGCGUGCACCGCACGGCGUCUCGCGGACAUUGAUGUGUUGCAACGACCGUCGAAGUGUCUGUAACAUUCGGAUAUCUCCACACGAGUGACCGAGAAGAAAAAGACACAUCUCGAUUUCCAAGUUGUCGUAUGUUCAGGACGAAACGCUCAGGUCUUGUGCGGCGACUCUGGAGAAGCCGUUUGAUCCCAGAUACAGAAGGGGAAGAUGGAAAUGGCAAAACUAGUGAGGGCUGUAGGGACGAUCUGUUCGGCAACAACCCCGAGAAAAUUCCCAAAACGGAGCUCGGACCGAUGACCCCUAGCGGGUCUCUUGUGGGGCACGCGGGGGGCGUGUGCGCCCGGAGCCCCGCGGCGAGCGGCGGCCCCGGGGCCCCGGCGGACCGGGAUGGGGCCGCGGUGUGCGCCCAGCAGCAGGGGAGCCCCCGCUCCGCGCAGGACAGCGAGUGCCGGACAGUGACGUGCUGCCUAUUCAAAGACCGGGACCACCGCGAGCUUCGGGGUCCAGAGACGGCCCAGGGGACCACGGACCCGGGCUCGUGUCACUUCGCGCUGAGGGGCCUCGGACCUCGGAGGAGCGGCCCCCCCGAGCCGCAGGAGGCGAUGCCCCGCGCGCUGUUGGAUCAAGAACUGAAGUCGGCCACAUACUCUCUUCUCAAAAGGCUAAAGGAGAAGGCGCUGGAUACCUUAGUGGAGGCGGUGGAGUCCCGGGGAGGCAUGCCCAGCGACUGUGUUAUGAUUUCCCGCACAGAGCUGAGGCUGGGUGGCCAUGUGGCAUCCCCACAGCUGCUCGUGUGUAAACUGUACCGCUGGUCUGACCUGCAGCACUCGGCCCAGCUCAAACCGCUCUGUGAGUGCAAGAGCUUUGGGGCCCCGGACAGUCCCAUAGUGUGCUGCAACCCCUAUCACUACAGCCGGCUCUGUGGGCCAGAGUCACCCCCACCUCCUUAUUCGAGGCUUUCCCCUAAUGAAGAACACAAGCCACUGGAUCUGUCAGACUCCACAUUGUCUUACACUGAAACCGAGGCAGCCAGCUCACCAAACAUCACACCGGGGGAAUUCUCAGAUGCCAGUAUGUCGCCUGAUGCCCCGAAGCAGAGCCACUGGUGUAACGUGGCGUACUGGGAGCACCGCACACGCGUGGGUCGCCUCUACACAGUGUACCAGCACUCUGUCAGCAUCUUCUACGAUCUACCUCAGGGCACGGGCUUCUGCCUGGGCCAGCUCAACCUGGAACACCGGAGCAGCACCGUUCAGCGCACACGAGGCAAAAUCGGCUACGGCAUCCUCCUCAGCAAAGAGCCGGACGGCGUGUGGGCGUACAACCGCAGCGAGCACCCAAUCUUCGUCAACUCCCCCACUCUGGACAUGCCUAGCAGCAGAACUCUGGUGGUGCGAAAGGUGAUGCCAGGCUACUCCAUCAAGGUAUUUGACUAUGAGCGCUCGAGCCUCCUGAGGCACACCACCGAGGCUGACCUCCUGGACGGACCCUUUGACCCCAACAGUGUGCGCAUCAGCUUUGCUAAGGGCUGGGGCCCCUGCUACUCAAGACAGUUCAUCACCUCCUGCCCCUGCUGGCUGGAGAUCCUCCUCAACAACCAUAGAUAACACAGAUGGACCCCACAAACUAUCCCAAAUAUCAUCUACCUAGAUUUAAUAUAAAGUUUUAUAUAUUAUAUGAAAUAUAUAUUAUACUUGUAAAUACGGAGUCAUUUUUACAAUGUAAUUAUUUAUGUAUGGUGCAAUGUGUAUAUGGACAAGAGGAAAAAAAAUGGAAAAUGCACUUUGGCUUAUAUAUAUUAUAUAUAUAAAUAUAUAUAAAGAUAAAGAAUCUUUCAAUACCAACGUGAGAAAUUAUACAGCAAAAUUAGGAUGAGCCUGGAUUUGGUGUAUAGUUUUCAUAUACUAUUAAUAUCCAGACAAAAAGCUAACACCAUUCACACAUUGAUAAUAAAGUAUUCGCAUAAUAA